UCUGACCUCUGUUCGUCCCUCCAAAUUCAAUCCCGUCACUGUAGCUUUUGAGACAGGCCAUUUGGGUCCCUGCAAACGCCUUGACGCCAUCGCCUUCUGGGGGUCUCGUCUGGAGAUGGAGACCCUCUAAAUGGAGGCUGAACAGCUCAAGCUCCCCUCUCUCGCGAAACCAGAGUCUAGCCAUCAUCCUAGUCAUUUUCUAGUCAUUGAAACCAGGUCCCAUAUUGGUACAGACAUAACGGAAUACGGAUACAUGAUACGGAUACUCAGACGAACUUCAACCUGGCCCUUGGCAAGUUCGCGAGAGUUCUUGCGCCCAGUUCACCAUUGGCCAUUGGUGACCGGAAAAAGACAACAAGAAAUAGGGUGGCUAGGAGACGACAGGACACCAGGUCAACAUUUCAACAACGGUCCAGUGGCGGUCGUCCGACGAUCCCCUUCAUCCACUGCGGUGCAGGUAUCAUGGUAAACAAGUUGCGGUCCCAAGCGUACCAUUGGCUCCGCGGGGACUGCCAGUAGUCAACGGGAGACGGGACUGGGCCGUUUGGACAAGCUUCUUGUGGGGUUGGGUUUAGUGGCGGGUGACCUUUUUUUUUUGUCUUGGUGCUGGAGGUAAGG